GGAAGAGAGUUCAGACGAAGCAGUUUCUGUCAGAUGAGUCAAAACUCAAGGUCGUCCUUGGCUAGAACAGUUAGCAGGUCGACAAAGAAUGGAGAAACAGAUAUUUGGCUUAAAAUUCGCUGCAAAACAAAUGCAGCGUUGUGCCAUUCGUUGCAACAAAGACGAGGUGGAAUCUAAGAAUAAAUUAAAGGCUGCUAUCAAGAAGGGGGACCAUGAAGGUGCAAGAAUCCAUGCCGAAAAUGCGAUUCGACAUAAGCACACCGCAACAAGCUAUCUAAGACUUGCUGCGCGAAUCGACGCUGUUGUCUCUAGGGUUCAGACAGCUAUGACUACCAAGAAUUUUACUAAGAGCAUUAUGACAGUUGUCAAUUGUAUGGAGAACGCAGCCAAGUCUAUGGAUAUGGAAAAGGUUAGCUGUCUCAUGGAUAAAUUCGAAAGAGAAUUUGACAACAUGGAUAUACAGUCAAAGCUUGUAAGCUCCUCGCUAGCCAAUGCGAUGUCCAUUUCAACUCCUGAAAAUGAAGUUCAAGGACUGAUAAAUCAGGUAGCUGACGAAACUGGAAUAGAACUGAACUAUGAACUCCCUGGUUCUACUCACGGUUCCGUUUCAGUGGCCCCUAUUUCAGCGGAGGAGGAAGAUGGUCUCACGCAGCGCUUAGCUAGACUUAGACAAUCGUGAGAUAGUUUUUUGUUCAGCUGAAUUUGUUUCACUUCAUUUAUUUCCCUUGAUUUUAACUUGAGAUAACCUAACUACGUUUGUUACCUGUUUUGUUGACUUUGCUUGAACGUAAUUUGUAUUUAUGAACACUACUUCAAAUCAAGAGUGCAUUGUGACGUUUCUUUUGGUGUUUUAGAGAUUAUGAUUUAUUUUAAAGCUACAUUAUAUUCUUUCCAUC